AUGGGGAAUUCUGGGAAAAGAACUGCAUCUUUUUUGUUUGUUCUUUCUCUAUUAACCCUCAAGGUGACCGGAAGAUUGUUACAACAGUACAGUUCAUCUGAGUUCGUUUCUGAUGGCGUCGAUCGUGUUCAAGACGACGAACCCUCUUUUCUACUCCUCAGAGGAAUGGAUUUUUCGUCGGAGCAGGAUCGGUGCGAGCAAAUGUACGGGUUCUUGCCGUGCUCAUACAGUCUUAUGGGUCAUCUCUUCCUCAUAGUUGUGUAUGAAUACCUGUUAUUUCAUGGAGAGUCCUAUGUGAUUACUGGAGGAGAGAGAAUAUUCAAGAUUCUUGGUCCUGGUGUGUUUGGUGCAAGUGCAUUCCAGAUCCUUGGUGCCCUUCCUGAGUCCUUAAUUCUUCUUGCAUCUGGACUUGUGGACAAAGGAGAGGGUCCUCAAGAGUACGUGCAAACCGCAGUUGGGUUGCUAGCCGGAACAACAAUCUUGCUUCUCACACUACUUUGGGGAACUUGUGUCAUCCUUGGCAGUCAAGAUUUUCCAACCACAUCAAAUGUUGGAGAAAAUCAUCUGCACAAACAAUCAUCACUAUUGACUGUGGCAUUAGGACUGUCCAUGGGCCACUUCAGCUUGUGCCAUGUGGUGGCACAUAACUGGGCCGACAAAAUGCUGUCCCCGGUAUGUGAAAGUAACCCACCUGUGGCAUGGGCUGGCACUGGUAAUGGUGUGACGACAGAUAUGGAGACUAGUUAUACUGCAAGAAUUAUGGGACAUGGACAUGAAUUAGGACUGUGCGGGAUUGAUGCCCUCGAAUGGACCCCCAUCGGAAAAGAGCAGCCAGUCAGGGAACAAGUUGAUGGAGGCUUGAGAUACAAGAAAACCACAUGGGUAUGA